AUGUCUUGCACUGUCAAGACAGCCAGGGCCUCAAGUGGGGUCAUCAAGGUUUCAUCACGGUGGCCAGUCACUUGGUUGAAAUUCAUGGCUUCAGUUUGGGAUUGCAAUUGGAACAAUGGUGUGCGAGACAAACUUGGCAAUCCCAUUUGCCAAGAGAUUGACGACUGUUGGGCUGUUGCCCCAACGAGACAGUUCGAGAUGCAACUGAAGAUGAUGAAAAAUCAUAUGGCUGAUGACGAGAAACUGUCAAUUCAAGAGGUGAUCAACAUGAUGCCGAGGUGUUAUCUGGAUAUGGAGGAUCCUGAAGGAGGUGGCUUGGACGACUUGGGAAUGUGCGCAGAAAUGCUAAAGAAACAGCUUAAACCUUUAAAGACAUGCUUGAUCUGGUGGCUAAGACUAUCCAUGAACUCAACUUAA